AGGUGGCGCGUGAACCUGCGGAUCUUUCCUCUUUCCGAUGUACGGAACUGAAAAAUAAGCUGCGACAUUAUCUCCUCGGUUAUCUUGGAAACUUUAGCAUCUGCAAGCGGAAAGAACUGCGGGACUUUGUGACCAAACAUGAGGAGACAGGAACAGCAGCUGGACCGACCAGCAACAGGCUACCUCCCUGUGUCACUCUUUAACCAGAGGAAGAGAAACAGAAUUCCUCUGAAAUCUGUUCCUGGUGAAAAUGAGUUCUUUCCCCCAAGUGAAUACAUGGCCAGCACCAGUUCAGCUGCUAGUGAAGCCCCCUCAGCUGCGUAUGAAUGUUACCAGGCUUCAGAUUCUUCUAGUGCUCCUCAAAGCCAUCAGUGGAGCAGAAAAGGUGUCCCAGAGUCUGCUAAAUCCCAGCAGUACGGCAACAGACCUGCUCCUGGACCGUCUACAAUGAGGACCUUUGCACCCAUUGCGCAUCCAUACAAAGCCGGGGCCAAGAGCUCCACGACGGGCCAGUCCAGCAAUCCAGCCGGACAAUGGGUUUUGAGCUCCGGUGUUAGUCCGAGACACAGCCAAAUUCAACAUCCCUAUGGCAACAAGAACCCCCAGAGCAAGCCGGCACAGCAUGCAGGUUUCUCUCAGACGGCUCAGCAGUCGUCCGACAAACAAACCCUCCCUGCACGUCAGUUUUCCCAGCAGUCCAGAUCUCUUCCUCCUCCUGAAGCUCCUCCACCCAGCAUGCCGCUUGCCCAAGCCGCACAGCAACCUAACAAGUCCUGGAAGUUUACUAACAGCUUUGAGCAUCAAAAAUCACAUUUUGCUUCAAAAAAGAGUUUGAAUCAACCUCCAACAGCUAAACCAACCAAAAAUGAGAAGGAGAAUGUUCCAGCGAAGCAGCCAAUGGAAAACUCCCUGAGGAUCUUGACCACAGUUAUUAAUGGCAUGAGACACUGGAGCCAGUUUAAAGAUAAAAUUCCUUACUUAUUCGAGAUAUUUGCCACUCUGGACUCUGCAGUCACUCUGGGGCGCUACGGAGCCAAGAGCUUUCUGCUGAGAGACGGGAAGGAUGUGCUGCAGUGUGUCUUCUACGAAAAUGAGCAGCUGCUGCCGCGCCUCAUUCGAGGUCAGGUCCAUCGCUGCGUCGGCAACUACGACCGCAGCAAAGACGUCCUGAUAUGCGUGUCUGUUCGAGCCGGUCAGCCGUCAGAGCAGAGGAACGCUCUGGAAGCUGUCAAAGUGUCGGAUGCAGAAAUGAGAGCGCUGGUCAAGAUACUCAGCGAAGUUUGAGCACAAAAUACUUUUUGUCCAGCUUCUUGUGCAGAUAUCUUUCUACAUUUGAAGUAAGAUAAAACUUACAAGUGACUUUUCAGCAAGACAUAGGAGCUUGUUUUAAGGCAAUUAUUCUUUAAUAUUGAUUCAAAAGAGAGUAUUGGUUUCACUGGCAGAUUUUUUUUCACUCCUAAGAUAUUUUUCUUCCUACUAGUAGCAUUUUAUCAACAUCAAAGUUAAUAAGGUAUUAUUAACUUUUCUAACUUUUCUUCAUCUUGCUGAAAAGUUACUUGUAAGUCAGUUUAGUAGUUUAAAAUACUUAAGAGGGAGAUUAACUAAGAUUGUGUGUUUUGGCAGUGCAGCGGCUGUUGUCAUCGGUCAACAUUUGAGUUUUAAAAGAACAUUUCUAUAUGUUUGGUUUGUCGGAGAAAAAAAGGUAGCUUUAACAAAAAUGUUGUUUUUGUCAUUUUCCCAUCAAGGUUGCAGCUGCCAUACUUGUAUUGUGUUAACGUUUACAUGUUCUCCUUUCCCGUUUCUAUAGUUUUCUGUGAACAAAUAUAACAGAAAGUAAAGCAUC